GUUUGUCGGCCCUGCGCUGCGGGCACCUUCAGCCCGGCACCGGGGGCCUUCUCAGAGGAGACUUGCGCCACGUGCCCAUCCGGCACCUUCAGCGCUACUCUGGGCGCCACGUCCUCGGCCACUUGCACCGGCUGCCCGCCCGGCACAUUCAGCAGUGAGGAAGGGGCGUCUUCCUCUCAGACCUGUAUGAAAUGUGGCCCGGGCACCUACCAGCCCAUCACCUCAGCCGCCUCCAGCUCGCUGUGCAUCAAGUGUGCCGUGGGCAACUUCUCCUCGGCAUGGGGAGAGUCGACUUGCCACUUCUGUGCCAAAGGGUCCUAUGGCAAUGCCUUCGGCCUGACGGCGUGCUUGGACUGCCCCACCGGGUCCACCACCACGAUUCUGGGUGCAAUUCGAGAAGGCAUGUGCAUCAAGUCGUCGAUCCUUGAUUCGACGCCUGGCAGCACGAG